AUGGCCGUAUCGUCCGUCUCACCAUUGGUGACUUUAUACGAACGCAUCUCGGCGUUGUACUCAAUCACCAAUUCCACCAAGUAUCGAUUUAUCGUCCCCUUGUUCCUCCAGUUUCUUUUCGCUAUCUUACUCCCCAGACAGCAAGAUCUUCACAAAACCGAUGGCUGGUCGGGUGAUAGCUUGGUCUAUGAUGAAUGA